AGUCUGCGGAGGGGCUGGCUGCCCUCGCCCAGGGAGCCUAAGCGAAGCACUCAGCAGCUGCCGCUAGCAUCAGGCAGCUCUCAGCUGCUCCGCCUGCCUCCCCGUUAGCCAAUGGGAGCUGCAGUGUGGCCCGUUUCCUGUCGGAGAGAAGAUUUCCUCCUGCAAACCUUCCCCCUGAGUCUGAGACCUUGCUGAUGCUCUCAGGUGCAGAAGACCCCAGAUGAUGCAUCUUUACCUUUGAUGAAGCAGGGGCCCUGAAGCUGCUGCAGGGUGGCUCCGUGAGCCCGUGGCUGCUGGGAAGGGAGGGAGCAAGAUGCCUGCGAAGGAUUCUGCCUUGCAGCGCCCAGAAGCCCCAGCCAUGGAUCCAGAUCCCGGUGUACAAGGCGCUGUACAGACACAGAACAAAACGAUGGCCCCUGCUGUACAGUCCAAGGCAAGAGACAACGGAUGGAGUCAGCCAGGGACGUACUAGAGAGAGGGAGGUAGUGUUGGACAGCGAGACAGACCAGGGCCGGAUGGUGAGGACUGUCAGCCACUCCUAAAAGCACUCACAGGAUUGACCAGACUACAAGACGAAGCAUUUCCUAAAGGCAGUUCUCAAAGGAGAUUUGCCCUGGCUGGCUGCGUGGCAGGCGAGCGGUAGCAGACUGCCACGGCUCGAGAGGGGUCCCAGUGUCGUUCGAGGACAUCUCCGUCUCCUUCGAGGACAUCUCCGUCUCCUUCGCUCGGGGGGAGUGGGAGAUGCUGGCGGAAUGGCAGAGGGAGCUGUACUGGGAUGUGAUGGUGGAGAGCUACGAGACACUGGUGUCGCUGGGUUGUGACGCUCCGAAACCCAAGAUCCUGCUGCUGAUGGAAGAAAAAGGAAAGCCUUACGCAGAGGACGCUGCUGAGCGAGCUGGCAGAGAUCUUGAUUGUGCAUCUGCAGUGUCUGAAUGCCUUCACAGGAGCGGAAAGGUGAAGCUAGAGGACCAUGAAGUUGAAAUCCGAGUCCAUGAGAAUCGGUAUCUCUCGGCAAAGGAUCGGCCUAAUUUGCAGGGCUUGGAGCGCCGUGCUGUGUGUGUAGAGGCUCAGGUGCACUCAGCCUCUCGUCCUGCCCUUGGAGAAGCUCAUGGUGAUGAGCCUGCUUUUUCCGGCAAGUGCCAGACCAAGCCCCGCGGAGAAAUGGAGGUGCCUGUCGACUCUUCUCCUCCGCAGGAUGGCAGCUUCUGGCGGCAGGUACAGGUGAACACCAGCUCCCCCCAGGAUCCCUGCUGCCCUGUGAAGGAGGAAACUGAGGACGGUGGCUAUGGCGUGGGUCCCAGAGACUCCAAGGAAGAGCCUGAGUCUCCGCUGGGCUCUGAAGGCUCCUGCCCGUGGCUGGGCACUGCUGACAGCCCGAGGAGCCGUGCAGGAGCGGGGCCGUGCCGGGCUGACAAGGACCCGAGUGUUUUCGUCUACAAGACCGAGACCAUCGGGGACCUUGAAGUCCACGUGGUGGAGGAGGCUCUGCCCGGCGAGGACAGCGAGUCCCGGGGGGCCGGGUGGAGAGCACGCUCCACAGACCAGCGCUGCCCCGAGCCGGCUCAGGCCUGGUGGGAGCCCGGCGGGGAGCGUCCCUUCCACUGCGGCCGCUGCGGCAAUGCCUUCCGGCGGCGCUCGCACCUCACCGAGCACCUGCGCACCCACACGGGUGAGAAGCCCUACAGCUGCAGCCUGUGCGCCAAGCGCUUCGGCCGCCGCUCCACCCUCAACAAGCACCAAGAGACCCACGCCAAGGAGCAGCCCCGCGAGGCCACGGCGGGCCAGCCCACGGGCCCAGGCGACCCCCGGCCACGCUGCCCCCAGACCCGCUCGGCAGACAAGGCCUACCCGUGCCGGCGGUGCCACAAGAGCUUCAGCACGCGGGCGUACGCAGCCCGGCACGAGCGCGCCCACCUGGAGGAGAAGCCCCUUGCCCACCCGUUGUGCCCCGAGCGCUUCGGCGGGGAGCUGGGCCAGCCUCACGCCGCGGACAAACCCUUCCCCUGCGGCCUGUGCGGGAGCUGGUUCCGGCGCCGCUCGCAUCUCAGCGACCACCUGCGCACGCACACGGGCGAGAAGCCCUUCCCUUGCAGCCUGUGUGCCCGCAGCUUCAGCCGCCGCUCCACCCUCAACAAGCACCAGGAGACCCAUGCCAAGGUGGUGCCCGAGCCGGCGCCAGAGCCCCCGGGCGAGGAGCCUCGGGGGGUUUGCCACGUGGCCGAGCCCUACCCACGCGCCCGAUGCCACAGGAGCUUCAGCAUGCGGGCAUAUGCCCUGCGGCACGAGCGGGCACGCAGGGAGGGGCGGCCAGCACCACCCAGCACAGGUGACCGUAGUGUUGUCACCCAGACACCUGGCGUCCAGUGCGAGGCCAGUCCAGGAGGUGGGAAGUUGCCGUGCCCUCUAAUGCAAGGAAACGGCCACGGUUCUCUGGCCCGUGGGACCAAGGAGGAGCUGGCAGUGCCCGGCGGGGACAGGCCGUAUCACUGCAGCCUGUGCGAGAAGCGCUUCCGGCUCCGGUCGGCCCUGAGCAAGCACGAGCGUGCAGAGGCGGCGAGGAGGCUUCCCCGGUGCCCCCAGGGCUUGCGGAGCCCGCGGGUGCCGUGGUGGCGGCAGCGGGUAAGCGCCGGGGAGGAGAAGCCGUACGCGUGCGGGCUGUGCGGGAAGCAGUUCCGGCGGCGCUCCUACCUGGCCGUGCACCGGCGCGUGCACCUGGAGGACGGGCCGUACCCCUGCGCCCUGUGCGACAAGCUCUUCGUCUUCAAGGGCGACUUCAUCAAGCACUACGGCUUCCACACGGGCGAGAGGCCCUACCCCUGCCCCUGCUGCGCCCGCAGCUUCCGCAAGCAGUCCCACCUCACCGAGCACCUCCGCAUCCACACCGGCGAGAAGCCGUACCCUUGCCUCCGCUGCGGCAAGCGCUUCGGGCGCCGCUCCACCCUCACCAAGCAUCAGCAACUCCAUGCCCGCCGUGUCCCUGCUCCCCAGGCUUUUUCUGUGGAGUCUGCCAUGCAGCAGGCACCCGUGCCCAGCGUGUGACACGGUCCUGGGAAUGGUGCACCCGAAUGAGCAUCCUCUCGCUGGGCAGUGCUCAGUGGCAUGCCUGGAGGAAGGGCAGUUGCCUUGAUCGCCAAAGGGGAGGGAGCAUCCUUGUUUCCAGGUGGCCCCGGGCUCAGGCUCGCACUGAGAUGGUUCAUGUGGGAUGCUUUGCUCAAAUCAUUUGCCAAAGCUAGACCUGGCUGGGACUGGCUAGAGAAGUCAGGCUCGACAGGACCUCCAGAGGUUACAUCUAGUCCACCCCCUGCCUGAGGCAGGACAUCCCUAUCCAAACCAUCCCCUAAUCUAAGACGACCCUCAAUCCUGCUACCACACAGCCCUAACGCCUGAACCUGCCACAGAUAAAGUAGGGGGCAUGCCAGCCAACAUCCUGCUUCUAUAAAAUGUAAAUAUGUGCUCAAGAGGUGCCAGGCAGAGGGUCCGAGAGAGAGAGUCGUGUACGUGAGAUGGUUCUCACAAGGAGGGUGGUGAAGCACUGGGACAGGUUACCCAGAGAGAUGGUGGCGUCUCCAUCCUUGGAGGUGGUGAAGACCUGGCUGGACAAAGCCUUGGCUGGGAUGAUGUAGUUGGGGCUGGUCCUGCUCUGAGCAGGGGAUUGAUUGGACUGGAUGCGACCACCUGAGGUCCCUUCCCACCUUCAUUUUCUUUAAAUCUAUAAUGGAUCAUUCCUGGUGCAGGGGUGUUUUGGCAGCCCCUGAGAUCAAACCUGGGACCUUUUGGAGUAGGGAUCUCACCUGAGCCUCCCUUGAUCCAAAGCAGCAACGGGCUCAUCAUCACCCUCCACCGUGCCAGGAAGGGCAGGGGAGACCCACCAGGAUGAAUAGACAUGACACACAGUUGAGAGCUUUCUGUCACUGGGUGCUGGAAGACGAGGAGGUCUCCUAAACUAAGCAGUCGUUCACCAUCACAGCUUGGAUGGGGGACCAGGGAUGUGAGACGAUGGACCUGCGUGAGUUGGAGCUGAACCAGUCAUCCAGCCUGGUGCUCCUGGAUCUGGACAAGAUGGCCUCAUUCACCAUUUAUUGGCACGUUUCGAGGGUGCUGUCCUGGCCCCCUUCUAUCUGCAGCAUCAGUUGGAUGAGCAGGCCUCUGCUUUGGCGCCUAGCGUUGCUGUGUGGUGACUGAGCAGUGGCCACGUUCCACCCCAGAGACGGCUGCAUGUCCGUGGGUGGUUAGUUUUACCCUGUCUGUUGGUUGUGGGUCUCAGAGGUGUAAUGCAUUACGGCAAAUAGCCCUCUUGCAGGAGACGCCACAUGCAUGGGAGUAGAGGUCUGUGUAGCACAGCAUGCCCAGCUGGGCAGUCGCAGGGGUGGACGGAGGCUGCUGCAUGAGCUUUGCCCCCACAUCCUGCAGGCUCCUCGCUCUUCAGAGCAGGUAGGUGCAGCUGGAAAGGAUGAAAGUCGGAUGCUGGACACCGUGGACAGCACGAGAGGGGGAGGACUGAACAGCAACGAGCCCAGCUGCAUCCCCUCCAGCUGAUCUUGGAUCUCUUGCACGUCUUGGCUUAGCUGUACGUGGACAAUAAAGAGGUUACAUGAAACUGC